AUGGCUUUCAUAUACAAGUCGCUUGUUAGUGUUGGGGAUAAGCUUUGUCCCACUUCUUUGCAACCGGUUUGGAAUCAUCCUGCAGGUCCUAAGACUGUCUUCUUUUGGGCUCCCACAUUUAAGUGGGGCCUUGUGAUCGCUGGAUUGGCUGAUCUCGCUCGCCCAGCUGAAAAAGUAAGUGUUUUUCAAAGCACUGCAUUGGCAAUGACGGGUCUGAUCUGGUCUCGCUACUCCCUUGUUAUCAUACCGAAGAACUGGAAUCUCUUCAGCGUCAAUAUCUUCGUUGGUGGUACCGGAAUCUACCAACUGCUGCGCAUUUAUAGGUACCGCAGAUCACAAAACAAGCCUCUACCCUGA